AUGAACACUUUUGAUGCAAACUUCAAUGAUUUCCAUACUUUAUCGGUCGAUGAAACAGCCAGUUUUUUAGGUACAGAUGCUCAUAAAGGUUUGAAAGAAGAUGUGGUUAGAGAAAGACUACAUCACUUCGGUGAUAAUUCUCUUGGUGAUGAUACAAAGAUUGACUACACAGCUAUGGUGAUUCACCAAAUAUGUAAUGCCAUGAUCCUGGUUUUGGUCAUCUCAAUGAUUAUUUCCUUUGCAAUACAUGACUGGAUCACAGGUGGAGUUAUCACUUUCGUUAUUGCAAUCAACGUCAUUAUAGGUAUUUUCCAGGAAUAUAAAGCCUCAAAGACUAUGAAUUCUUUGAAACAAUUAAGUUCUCCUAACGCCCAUGUUAUUAGAGAUAAUGGGAAAUCUACAAUUGUUCCUUCCAAAGAUGUGGUCCCUGGUGACAUAGUCACUGUUAAGGUAGGUGACACUGUGCCUGCAGAUUUAAGGUUAUUUAAUACUCACAAUUUUGAGACUGAUGAGGCCUUAUUGACCGGUGAGUCCUUACCUGUUAGCAAAGACUCUAACAUAGUUUAUGAAAAGGAUAAAUAUACCUCUGUUGGUGAUAGAUUGAAUUUGGCUUACGCUUCAUCUAUCGUGGUUAAAGGCCGUGCUCAUGGGAUUGUUAUUCGUACCGGUUUGAACACUGAGAUUGGUAAGAUUGCCAAAUCUUUAAAAGGUGAAGAAAGCUUAAUCUCCAAGGACCCAUCGAAGACUUGGUGGUUGAAUGGUUGGAUCUCUUUGAAACAAACUUCUGGUGCUUUCUUGGGUACCACUGUUGGCACACCUUUACAUCGUAAAUUAUCUAAAUUAGCCAUUUUAUUGUUUGGUGUCGCUGUAAUCUUUGCAAUUGUGGUUAUGGCAUCACAGAAGUUUAAGGUUGAUCGGGGUAUUGCCAUUUAUGCUAUCUGUGUCGCUUUGUCUAUGAUUCCUUCCUCAUUGGUUGUCGUUUUAACAAUCACUAUGUCUGUUGGUGCUGCUGUCAUGGCUUCAAGGCAUGUUAUUAUCAGAAAAUUGGAUUCUUUAGAAGCAUUGGGUGCAGUUAAUGAUAUUUGCUCAGAUAAGACGGGUACUUUAACUCAAGGUAAAAUGAUUACUAAACGUGUAUGGGUCCCCGGAUUCGGCACAGUUAUGGUGGAAAAUUCAAAGGAACCAUUUAAUCCAACCGUCGGUGAUAUAAAUUUCAUACCAAGAAUCUCUCCACAAGAAUUCAAAAAUGAUGAUUCACAGGAUGUCGGUAUCUUAACAGACUUUAAAAAUAAAUACUAUAAUAAUCAAUUGCCUAGUGAUAUUGAUAAUAGACUGUUUACAAAAUGGGUCCAUGCGGCUACUUUGGCUAAUAUUGCUAACGUCUUUAAAGAUCAUGAAACUGGAGAAUGGAUAGCUCAUGGGGAUCCUACUGAGAUUGCUAUUCAGGUCUUUGCCACUAAAUUAGAUUUACCAAGAAGAAAAUUGACUGGUGAAAAGGUUUCUGAUGGAACCCACCAUCUCCAGGAAGAAAAUGUCCAAGAAAAGAAUGAUGAGGCUUAUAAUAAAAAAUUUCCAUUUAAACAUCUUGCUGAAUUCCCAUUUGAUUCCACUAUUAAGAGAAUGUCUGCCGUAUAUGAAUCAUAUGAGACAAACGAUAUUGUAGUCUACACAAAGGGGGCUUUUGAAAGUGUUAUUGGUUGUUGUAAGUACUGGUACGGUGAUUCCUGUGAUGAUCUACUACAAUUGACAGAUACUGACAAAAAAUUCAUCUCUAAGAAUAUCGACACAUUAUCUCAAGAAGGUUUAAGAGUUCUUGUGUUUGCCACAAAAUCAUUCAAUAAAGACAAUGUGACUGAAGAUGAGAAGCAUUCUUUAUUAACUGAUCGUCCAGCUGUUGAAAAUGGAUUGACUUUCAUUGGAUUGAUUGGUAUCUAUGACCCACCAAGACCUGAAACUGCAGGCGCCGUGAAAAUGUUUCACCAAGCUGGUAUUAAUGUUCAUAUGUUAACUGGUGACUUCCCCGGUACUGCAAAAGCUAUCGCUCAAGAAGUCGGUAUCUUGCCUGUCAACUUAUACCACUAUCCAGAGGAAGUUCUUGAUGUAAUGGUCAUGACUGGUUCACAAUUUGAUGGGUUGAGUGAUGAGGAAAUCGAUUCUAUGCCUGUAUUGCCAUUAGUCAUUGCUCGUUGUUCUCCACAGACUAAGGUUAGAAUGAUAGAAGCUUUACACAGAAGGAGUAAAUUCUGUGCAAUGACUGGUGAUGGUGUUAAUGAUUCUCCAUCUUUAAAAUUGGCUAAUGUCGGUAUUGCAAUGGGUAUUAAUGGUUCAGAUGUUGCUAAGGAUGCAUCAGAUAUCGUCUUGAGUGAUGAUAAUUUCGCUUCUAUUUUGAAUGCUGUCGAAGAAGGUAGAAGAAUGAGUGAUAAUAUUCAAAAGUUUGUGCUACAAUUGUUAGCUGAAAAUGUAGCACAGGCCCUAUAUUUAAUAGUUGGGUUAGCUUUCCAGGAUGAAGAAGGAAAAUCUGUGUUUCCACUGUCACCAGUUGAAGUGCUAUGGGUCAUUGUGGUGACUUCAUGUUUCCCUGCCAUGGGAUUGGGUUUAGAAAAAGCAGCACCGGAUCUAAUGGAAAGACCACCAAACAGUUCAAAGGAUGGCAUUUUCACAUGGGAAAUUAUUAUAGAUAUGUUUAGUUACGGUAUUUUCAUGGCUGGUGUCUGUAUGGGGACUUUCACCACAAUUAUUUAUGGUCACGAUGGUGGUAAAUUGGGCUAUCAAUGUAACAAGUCAUACAAUGAAUCAUGCCGUUAUGUUUUUAGAGCUCGUUCUGGUGCCUUUGCAACAAUGACUUGGUGUGCAUUGAUCCUUGCUUGGGAGGUUGUUGAUUUACGUAGAUCCUUUUUCCGUAUGCAACCAGAAACAGAUGAACCAGUUAGACAAUUUUUUAGAGAUAUUUUGGGAAACAAAUUUUUAUUUUGGUCUAUUGUUUUCGGUUUUGCAUCAGCAUUCCCUGUAGUUUAUAUCCCAGUUAUUAAUGAUAAGGUGUUUUUGCAUAAAGGUAUCGGUUAUGAAUGGGGUGUUGCCAUCGCAUUUACUGUGGUCUUCUGGAUUUUCUGUGAAUUUUACAAAUGGGGUAAAAGAUUAUAUUUCAAAAAUAAAUCAAAAGCAGAAAAUCCAGAACAUGAUUUGGAAAAGAGUGUUCGUAGAGAUCCAUUCCAUGCAUACAGUAGUUCCACUACUUUAGAAACAACUGUUAUUAUUCAACCAAAAUGUUAA